UUACACCACCCCGCUGCAAUGACGCCACAUCACUACCAGAACUGGAAAGUCCAACAUCCGAAAAGCUUCAUCUUCGCGGAGGAAUAUUUCGCUUUCUACAGUGUUACAGUUUCCUUCACUGGAACUGAGUGGACUCGCUGAAACCUGUUCCAGUAUGACUGUGCCACUGUACACAAAGCAAGCUCCAUGAAGACAUGACAUCUUUUGCCGAGGCUGGAGUGAAAGAACUGAACCCCAACCCCACUGAACACCUUUGGGAUGAACUGGAACCCUGACUGAACCCCAGGCCUCCUCGCAUGACAUCAGUUCCUGACCUCACUAAUAUCCUUGUGGCUGAACAAAUCCCCUCAGCCACACUCCGAAAACUAGUGGAAAGCCUUCUCAAAAGAGUGGAGAGGGCCAUGAGCCAGCCCAGCCCCUGGCUGCAGUAUGAGCCUCCGCACCAUUGGGGGUGCCCUGUUCCCCUCCAUGCGCCCUUACCUGUUUGUGAGCAACAGUGGUGAUAGUGGAGGAAGCCGCUGGGGCUCUAUCUCUCUGAAACCAGUGUCUUCCCUGCUGCACACUAUGGUUCCUCAAGGUUACACCGCGCUGCAAGAAGAGCGACUGACCAUGGUGGAAUUGAACUCGCCCAAGCCGGAGACGCACCAGAACGGCUUUCACCGCGAAGGCCGUCGCCCCUCGGAGCGUUCCGGAGAUGGUCGAUACAGCGAGACGGAGCCCAUGCUACCUGAUGCUGGGCUCUCGGGAGAGGAGGUAGAUGAGGAAGAGGAAAGCGAAGAAGAAGACCAGAAACCAGCCACACAAAACAUGCCCAAGGAGUCAAUACUGGCCAUGGCUCUGCAGAUUCUGGUGCCGUUCCUGCUGGCUGGCUUUGGCACGGUGUCAGCUGGCAUGGUGUUAGACAUAGUGCAGCAUUGGGAUGCAUUCAAAUACAUCACAGAGAUCUUCAUCCUGGUCCCUGCUCUCCUGGGUCUGAAAGGAAACCUGGAAAUGACUCUAGCCUCCAGACUCUCCACAGCGGUGAAUGUUGGCAAAAUGGACUCGCCCAUAGAGAAGUGGAACCUCAUCAUUGGCAACUUGGCACUAAAACAAGUCCAAGCAACAGUGGUGGGGUUUCUGGCAGCAGUGGCAGCCAUUAUUCUUGGCUGGAUCCCUGAAGGAAAGUUCCAGAUGAGUCACGCUGUGCUGCUGUGUUCCAGCAGUGUGGCCACGGCCUUCAUCGCCUCCCUGCUGCAAGGUAUCAUCAUGGUGGGUGUGAUCGUGGGUUCAAAGAAGACUGGCAUCAAUCCUGACAACGUAGCCACGCCAAUUGCGGCCAGCUUCGGUGACCUCAUUACUCUAGCCAUCCUAGCCUGGAUCAGUCAAGGGCUCUAUAACUGCCUGGACUCUCACCCAUACGUGUCGUCUCUUGUGUGUGCCUUCUUCAUGUCUCUGACUCCGGUGUGGAUGAUCAUCUCAUCCAAACACCCGGCGAGCCGACAGCUCCUCUACUCUGGCUGGGAGCCUGUCAUCACCGCCAUGGUCAUCAGCAGUAUUGGAGGUCUGAUCCUGGAUAAAACCGUGUCCGACCCCAACUUGGCUGGCAUUGUGGUCUACACCCCUGUCAUAAACGGUAUUGGUGGAAACCUUGUGGCCAUCCAGUCUAGCCGCAUCUCGACACACUUGCACUUACACAGCACCCCAGGAGAGGUACCGGACGAGGCCAAGGGCUGCUACUAUCCCUGCCGAACUUUCUGUGGCUCAGGAGCCAAUCACAGGUCGGCACAAGUGCUGCUUCUAUUGGCAGUCCCAGGCCACUUUGUCUUCCUGUACACGAUUCACCUGAUGAAAAGUGGCCACACCACGUUGACGCCCAUCUUCAUGGUGGUUUACUUGUCUGCAGCGCUGCUACAGGUGUUCCUCUUGCUGUCUAUAGCAGACUGGAUGGUCCACGCCAUGUGGAAGUCUGGGAAGGACCCGGACAGUUUCUCCAUCCCAUACCUGACCGCGCUGGGAGACCUGCUGGGCACCGCCCUCCUGGCAUUGAGCUUCCACUUCCUGUGGGUGAUCGGGGACCGGGACAGUGACGUAGGCGACUAGGGCCAAACCCUUUCACCGGUCAUGUGUUGCAUCUCGGCCAAAGCCUUGCUGCGUUGCUAUUGGACAAGUCCAUCCACCGAUUAAUGGACGUUACCGGUGAUUGGCUGACGGUAUAUCAUGUGUGGUGAAAUUCACAGAGAGGACCAAUGAGGAUGGGAUUUCCUCAUCAGUUGGAACAUUUUAUAGCGCUUUUUAAAGGACAGAGUUAUUUAAUAUUCAGCUUUUGAGAGAUUACUGUAUGCUGCUUCAUUCCAGUCAAGAGUACAAAUUUUGGAAAGAAGGUAAGAAUCCUGGGAGGUGUUACUGAUCUCUCAGACUUGAAUUAACAUUAUGAAUUAACUAAUCAUCAGCCCAUCUUUCUGUUCACAUCACAUCCAUGAUUCAGAUUAAAAAAAAAAGAAUUAUCCCAUACUCCUCUCUUGCUCUUCCUGCCCUCGUGUAGAGGGGUCUGCACUUUGUAAGACAAACGGUACUUAUGUGUUUCGUUCCGUCUGUUCAAACGCUUACUUUUCAGAGUUUACAUGUUCUGUUUACACGUAUGCAACUCUACAGGACACAAGAGAUGUGUUCCUGAGAAUCUUCUGCAUGUGGGUGAUGGCUCAGCGUUUGUCUUUAAUGGCUUAUUUCCUUCUAUUGUCUAUACGUCUCGUGUGUAUAUUUUGCUGUCUUUGUUGGUUUUGCUUUAUGGGAGAAAAACAAUCUGAUCUGUUUUUUUUUAUAUUCACAAUAAAUGUUAUUUGUUUAUAGACAA